AGCAUGCACAUGUUGUGAGAGUUGAACUUGUGAGCACAAUUCUCCACACAGUGAGUCCAGCCGUCAGUGCAGCAGCAGCAGCAGCAGCAGAGACAGGGAACAACGUCAUCGUCUCCUCCUCCUCCUCCUCUUCUUCUUCUUGUUGACCAAACCUAACAUCCCGGGCUGGAUUUAUUUGGGAAUCACCACAACUGGAGAGCAGCACCUGGUUGAUUGAUCUCAAGGGUCUGAGUUUCCAUGAUGGACGACCACUCCCAUGGCAGUCCCCAACACGGUGGAGGCCAGGCCGGCCUGGAGUCCCCGCAGCAAGGCAGGCAGGGAGUCAUCAGGUGCGGGUGGCUCAGGAAGCAAGGAGGCUUUGUAAAAACCUGGCAUAAUCGCUGGUUUGUCCUGCGAGGGGACCAACUCUUCUACUACAAGGACGAGGAGGAGAGCAAAGCUUUGGGAGCCAUUUUCCUACCUGGCAACAAAGUAACAGAGCAUCCAAGCAGUGGCGAUGAAGCGGGAAAAUAUCUCUUUGAGGUCAUUCCAGGGGGAGACAGAGAGCGGAUGACAACCAACCAUGAGACCUACCUCCUUAUGGCCAGCACCCAGAAUGACAUGGAGGAUUGGGUGAAGACGAUCCGCAGGGUCAUAUGGGCUCCUUUUGGCGGAGGGAUCUUUGGUCAGAAGUUGGAGGAGACGGUGCGAUAUGAGCGUCGCUUCGGGAACAAGCUGGCCCCCAUGCUGGUGGAGCAGUGUGUGGACUUCAUCCGCCAGAGGGGCCUACAUGAGGAGGGUCUUUUCCGACUACCUGGACAGGCCAACCUGGUCAAAGAGCUACAGGAGGCCUUUGACUGUGGAGAGAAACCCUUGUUUGACUGCAACACAGAUGUGCACACAGUAGCGUCGCUGCUAAAGCUCUACCUCCGAGAGCUCCCCGAGCCUGUCAUUCCCUUCCAUAAGUACGAAGACUUUCUGUCCUGCACCAAACUUCUUGGGAAGGACGACGACACGGGUAUGAAGGAGCUGAGAAAACUUGUCCAAGGUCUACCUCCAGUCAACUACAAUCUUCUCAAGUACAUCUGCAGAUUUUUAGAUGAAGUCCAGUCAUAUUCCGGGGUGAACAAAAUGAGCGUGCAAAACUUGGCAACGGUGUUUGGUCCAAACAUCCUUAGGCCAAAGGUGGAGGAUCCGGUUGCCAUCAUGGAAGGAACUGUUCUGGUCCAGCAGCUCAUGGCGCUUUUGAUCGGCCGGUACGAUACGCUGUUCCCUCGGGAUGACAACAACCCGGCGGGAAUUGAGCCUGCCAACAACAACAACAUGGAGUUGCCGAGGCGACAAGCGGCCACUGUGGGUACAGUGGCUCACAACACGGAGAACAACAACGUGCAGGCGGUGCGUCAGUGCGUUUGGGAGGCGCCAGAGUCUCCUACCUGCCAGCAUCAAGACAACGGUGGCUCGCCACGUUCCACCAGCCCUCGCAACGUUCCGGGACGCUUUGAAAUAACCCGCAGUCCGCCGCUGACUGUUAAAAAGAACCCUGCAUUUAGCAAAGGCAGUGGGAUCGUUACGAACGGUUCCUUCAGCUCCUCAUCGGAUCCAAACCAAGAAAAGUGUCAGACUCUGAUCAGCGGAGGGAGCUUACCGGGGCGCCGAAACGGGACGCUGAAGGGCUCGGGUACAAAAAUGGGAACCAGCGGCGUUACAAGCGUCGGGAACGCAACUGGAGUUCUUCGCAUGGGGCCUUCCGCGCCGGACGGAGUUCUGAACGGUCGCUGCGGCCUUUGGGUACCAAACGGAUGCGUCACGUUGCGGGAGAACACCAAAGCACGUGACUACCCCAACGGGGAUCAAACCUCCAAUCAGAACCGUCUGUCCACGUACGACAACGUCCACUUAAACCAGCAGAACAUGCACAACCACGCCCCGUCCACUUGCCUCAACAGCAGCAGCGAGGACAAGCAGAGCGUGGACAGCGCCACCUGGUCCACCUCCUCCUGCGAGAUCUCCCUGCCGGACAACUCCACAUCCUGCCGCUCCUCGACCACCACCUGCCCCGAGCAGGACUUCUACAGCUGCCACUACGAGGAACUGGACGGACCCGCGCAGGACGUGGAGUCAGCCGGCAGGGCGGAUGACGAGGGGCGGGACAGCGGCAACAGGGACGGGGUCGGCGACGGGGCGGCGAGGAGCUGCGGCGAGCACAGUAUCAAGUUCAGCGGAGGGGCAGGCGGUCACAGCGCACUGCACAGCCUGGUGGCCAGUCUCAAACUGGAGAUGCACAAGCAGAAGUCAGAGUACGAGGCCAGGAUCAAGAGCUUGGAGCAGCGCAACCUGGAGCUGGAGUCAGAGAUGGUGAGCCUCCACGAGGAGCUGGACCAGGAGAGAAAGAAGUACACCAUGGCCGAGAUCAAGCUGCGCAACGCCGAGCGCGCCAAGGACGACGCCGAGCGGCGGAAUCACAUGUUACAGAAGGAGAUGGAGCAGUUUUUCUCCACAUUUAGCGACCUCACCGCCACGGGGAACGUUGCCGCCGGCGCUGCCACCACGGAGCCCCGCCGGCCGGAUCGCAGCAACCCCAUCUGGAUACAGUAAAGGUGCGCCCCGAUUGUUACGGGGAAUCUAAACUUCCGCUAGCAGUACUAGUUAGACAAACAAGAGCAGGAAAACAGUUGCUUCCUAACAUGAGCUAAAUGAUGGGCGACUUUUACAUCUCAGAACUGUACAUCCCGCAAGUGUCUUCAAUUUGGCCCGCGAAACAUCGUGAGUUUAAUAACGAAUCUCGCCUGCACGAUGUUAUCCAAUUAAUUUCAAAUAUGUGACAAAGGUAUUGCCGCUGGUUUUGUGGACAAGGUGGAAAAUUCAGGUCAAUGACUUGUUGUGAACACAGCACAUAUUUUACUCGUAUGACCCAAUCCAGAAAACCUUCCCUGAUCAUGGCGCAAAAAAAAUAAAUGCACACAAUACAAAGAGUCAACACUCAUAUAACACAGCGCGCUCUCUCAACUCUGUGAAUGUUGUACAAAACGUACACGCACCAUGCAAAAAAAAUUCUAAAUUACUCCCAUUGAAAUCUGUUACAAUGCAUGAUGGGCAAAAAUGCAAAACACUCUCUUCACACUUAUCCAUGUUUGCCACAUUUUAGCUGCUUGAUAUUUUUGAUUGAUUAAAACACUUUAAGGAGGUCGUCAGGGAAGUAAACAAGGUAGGAUUCAAACUUUCACAUACUCUUAAUAUUCAUUUAUAUUCGUUAUCUAUCAUUAUAUUGUAUAAUGUGUAGAUAUUACACACACAUGUAUAUGUAUAUACAGUAUAGGCUAUGUAUAGAUAGAUAUACAUGUGUGUGUAUGUAUGUAUGUGUGUAUAUAUAUAUAUAUAUAUAUAU